AUGUCUUUCGCUGAAGCAAGUUGCGCACGUUUGCAUAUUGACAGUAAAGUGCUAAGGUUGUUCCUUAGCGUCUUAUACAAAAGUUCUUUCAAAAUGGCAAAGAGAACAACUACAGAAGAACGAAUGGUAGAAGAGGAGGAUUCGGAAAUACUGCAUGUCACCAGCACGAUUUCGGAAAUGAAAAUUUCUGAUAGUAAACAUUCAAGAAAUGCGAAAGACAAAGUUGUGAACAUUGAAAGUGAAUAUCCGAAAACUUCUCCUGGGGAUCAAACUACAAACAGUCAACAACUAAAAAGCUUCGUUGACGAAGAGAAAGUAUCUGAACUUGACCAGGACCAGGAUCAAACACAUCCAGCAUACAUCCCUCGCAUAGGACAAUUUUUCAUGCACGAUACUCGUGAAACUUGUGAGAGAAUUACAUCACAUCUGUUGUCUCGUGCUGAUUGUAAGUGGCGGCAUGAUUUAUACAACGAAAUAGAUCAGAUACCAAUGUCUAAUCAGGAAUUCGCCAAGAAGUACGGUGUAGAUCGGGAAGGAAAUCCCAUCUCUUCGUUUUCGAUAAGAUUCUUUCAAGGACAAGUCUUUCUACAAAAUUUUGUUACAAGAAUUUUUUCGGCUUUCCAACAUGAUAUGCGUCGCACAAAUCAGACUCGAAUUCGGACAUCAACGAACUUUUGGAACGCAUCACGUUGUUUUACAAGGACACAUAAGAUUCAUGGUCAUGGGGCUAAUUAUCAAAAUAAAAGAAAAGGUGUAAAAAAACAAGAAAACGGUAAAGAAGCAGAAAGCAAGUCUGAAACAAAUAAUACUGAUGAUAAUCGUGCGAAGAUGGAAAUGCGUCUUGGUAAACGUUAUUCGACACAGCGACCAGUAAAAUCGUUUGAAAUAUAG